AUGCGCCCGACGCCCGUUAAGUUCCAGGAUGCGGAAGAAGCACCAAGCAUGAAGCAGCAUCAGGCGCAGCACGAGGAGCUCUCGAGCACAGGGGGUGGCGGCGGCACGGCAUUCAGUCCCACUCGCAGGGUGGGUGCCCGCGGUGGCCCUCAGCUGUUCGCCCAGAAGCUGUUCACGCUCGUGGAAGAGGAGGACUCCGAGAUCGUGGAGUGGCUGCCUGACGGCUUGGCGUUUCGCGUGAAGGACAUACAACGUUUCAGCUGCGAGGUGUUGGAGAAGUACUUUAAUCACUCCAAGUUCACCUCGUUUCAGCGGCAGCUCAACCUCUACCAGUUCAAGCGCCGGAAAGGUGCGCACGCGGGGGCCUUCCACCACCCCAGCUUCCGCAGGGGGCAGCGCCACCUGCUCUCCAAGGUCCGGCGCCAAAAGGUCUCGGACGACGAAGAGUUCGGGCCGGCGGCUGCGGGGUCUCGUCGCAGCGCCCUGCGUCGGCGGGUGGACUCUGGCACCGGGGGCGGCGCGAGGUACGUUCAGGACGGCAGCAGCAACGGCGGCGACGAGAGCUCCAACGACGAGACAUGGCCGACCCAGAGUACCACCGGGGGCCUCGAGCGGGUUUCGAGCGGCGACAGCGAGGACGACCGGCUGUGCUGGGGGCAGCCCGACAACAUGAACAACCACUGGCGGGAACAGGUGCCCGGUUCGCCCGCGAGGUCUCCCACCGGCCUGCACCACGUGUUGACCCCCACCACCAUGACCUCGCCCUCCGACUACGAGCUUUCUCCUGUCGGCGAUUUCGGCGGCCUCGACCGGACGUCCUCCGUUAGCUCUUCCUUGGCCUCCUCGCUGUCCUUCUCUUCCGCGGGGUCGUCCUCGCCGAGCCAGUCCGACACGACCUUCGACCCCAGCAGCCCCUACCUGUUCCACGACACCGACUGCGACGAGAGCGGCGGCCACAGCGACCCCAUCAUCAACCGGCACUCCCCGAUGUCCAUCCACUCGCCGGUCGGGCAGGCCGUAGCGACCGUCCAGGCGGCGGCGGCGAAGGCGGCGAAGGCGGCGGCGGCGAAGGCGACCCAGGCGUCUCCAUCGAUGCAGCAGCACGACCAGGACCUCUCCCUUGCGGCGGUCGUGGGCGCCUCGCUCAACGGGUGGAACUCCCCGCACCAGUCCUCGCCGCUCUCGCACCUGGAGCAGUUCGGGUGGGGGGCCGCCAACAUCGCUAUCCCUGGCGAUGCGGGGGCCCCGUGGUCCCCCGAACCCUCGCCUGCUUCCGGGGUGCCGAUUCACCACCAGCUGUCUCAUGCGUCCCCCCACCAGGAGGACUUCGGCUUCAUCGACCUGUUCGCGGCUAACUGGGAUCCUAACGACGGCGGCAGUGCUCCUUCUAGUUCGCCUGCUUCGUCGACGGACUCGGGGGUAAGGGCCUCUUCUCCUCCCGACAACAGCAAGAGCGGCGGCGGCGGCGGCGGCGGCGGCGGUGGCGACGGGAGAAGUAUGAACAACAGCGACGCUUUCUUGAAGGAGGCACAGGCCGCCGGGGUGUUCAUCGGCGUGGAGGAUCUUCUUGUCCCCCGCAGUACUUGUAGCGUCGGUGGCGCCGCUGGUAGUUAUGGCCCCGUAGACUUUGCCUGAUAGGUAUGCAUGGGGUUAAGCUGCGAGAUUGCGCUGGAAAAAAGAGUACAGUGCAUUGGUUUCUUAUUUGAAAAAAAAGUCUGUUGUUGUUACUUACUGUGGACGAAGAGGCGAAAGCGUGGAGAAAAAAAAAGGAUCUGGAUUUAUUCGACGGGCUCGAAAAGUAUGGUCGGUGUUAUUUUACGUACGCGUUUGGAAAAUGAGAAUUGGUGGUUCGAUGUACAAUUUUUCGGUGGAACCGUCUUUUGCCUGGUUCGUUAUAGACGGUGAUAAUCUUCCGAUGACCCCGGGGUAUUUUGGAGUUUUGCAUCUGGCUGCGAGUGUUGACAGAUGGACUGCUGCAGGAGGAUUGAUUUAGGCGCGAGCACGUAUUAUACCGACGCACGGGUGGAUAUGUACGUACCUUCUGUACGCCCGGCCAUGUUCAUGUUCAUGUUCAUGCUGGUUGAUGGUUGAUAGGCCUGUACAGUCAUGAUUGUUUGUGACGUCAACUUGAUGUUGUUGGUGAUACUACCGUGGAUGGCGUACCGGUUGGCGU